GCUUCCACCUCAAACGCAACAGUAAACUAACAUUUAAAUUUCCAAAAACCCUAAAUCGAAGAGGAAACCCCCAAAUUACAGUGAAAAUUAGUUAGACUUUUGAAAUUCUUCUCAAAUUUGGCGGGGAUUGAGAGACUAUGGCGACGCCAAUGAUGCCACCAGGUGGAAACCCUAACAUGGAUGGAAAUCCACAGUUACCACCAACUCCUGGUACAGAUAUGACAGGAAUAUGUUUUAGAGAUCAGUUAUGGUUAAAUUCAUAUCCUCUUGAUCGAAAUCUUGUGUUCGAUUACUUCGCUUUAUCUCCAUUUUAUGAUUUUAGUUGUAAUAAUGAACAGCUCAGGAUGCAACAGAUUCAUCCUCUCGAUAUCUCUCAUCUCCAGAAAAUGUCUGGCAUUGAGUUCAGCCUAAGUGAAGUAAUGGAGCCACAUCUAUUUGUCAUUAAAAAACAAAAGCGAGAAGCUGAGAGAGUCACACCCAUGCUUACAUAUUAUGUCUUGGAUGGUUCUAUUUAUCAAGCGCCUCAGCUUGCCAAUGUCUUUGCAGCUCGAAUUGGACGAGCACUUUAUCAUAUAUCAAAGGCUUUUACAACUGCUGCAUCCAAGUCGGAGAAAAUUGGAUACGUUGAUGGUGAAAAUGAGAGUACUGGCACGGAAGCAAAGGUUGUAAAAGAAACAAUCGAUUUUAAGGAAGUAAAACGAAUAGACCACAUUCUCGGAGCACUGCAACGCAAGCUUCAACCGGCCCCUCCUCCACCUCCGUAUCCAGAAGGUUAUGUUCCUCCAACAUCUGAAGCCGAUAAAGGCCCUGAAAAUCCAGAAGCAGCUGAACCUCAGCCUCCUCCUCUUGAUCCAAUCAUAGAUCAAGGUCCCUCCAAAAGGAUGAAAUAUAAUUAAGAAUCUGAAAUGUAGUUGAUCCAGCACUGCAAUAUAAUUUUCUGUUGCAAAUGUUACAACCCAUGUAUGAAUGAAAUUAAUUAUGGAAAAGUUUAAUCGGCAUUAUUUUGCUUGCAGUAUUUUAAACCUCCUUGGGUAGAAAUUUUAGUUUUUUCUUCACUGAGCUUGUCAGUGCUUGUAUACUCUUCCCCCUAUUUUGGGUUCAUUCCUUUGUAAACCUUAUUUGAUCAA